AUGAAAAUUGAAGGGUUCAUAUUUCCAAUGGCGAUGUUAACGCGGUUAAUGGGUGAUGAUCCUAAGAAGAAGUGCCGGUAUUACAGCUGCAUACGAAUCGGUUUUCGUCAUUAUCUGUCAAUGAAAAAGCGGCGGACUCCUGAAGCGUUUUGUUGUAAUUUACGUAACAUUCCAACUUCCUAUCUCUGGUACAUAGCUUUCCACUUUGUUUGGAUAAAGGACAUGGUUUACGCAGCACCCAUAAAAUACCCAAGAGAUAUAAGCUGUGAUGUGGAUUUUUGUAAACUAGUUUUUAGUGGUCCCGUAAUCAUAAAGCACCGAUUUUUUAUACUUAUUUUCCAGAAAUAGACUUCAUACAUAAACCAA